UACUUUCAGUAUUGUAUGUUUUUUUUCCCCCUUCACUAGUUUUAUUGAAUCUGUUUGAACAUUUUGGUGCCAAAGAGUUUCAGAAGAAGAAUUAAAAUUGUUAAUGGACAUCUGCUUUCACAGAAUGGCCCAGAUAUCUAGCAGCGAUGAAUUUAAACAACGUUCAUCACCCAUUUUGGAUCCAGCAAGACCCAAAGACGUGGACAAAGAAGAAGCGCUGCAGAUGGAAGCUGAAGCUCUGGCUAAGAUGCAAAAAGAAAGAGUAGUGGUUGGCAGUAGACAAAAGAGUGACACCUUAAGCUACUCCUGGCCAAGUGUACAGUCCUGCAGAAAACAAGAUCAUGAUCUUAUGGUGUUUCCAGAGUCUGAUGGCAAGAAGAAGGUGGAUGAUAAGUUAAAUUCAAUUGACAUAGACAAACUUACACGUGCUGAAUUAGAGAAAAUUCUUUUAGAAGAAAAUCUUGAAUCCAACAAACCAUCUACAUUGUCAGCCCCUCAGAUUCUUGGAGCAUCAUCUUCACAAUUUUAUUCUCAUCCUGUUGCUCAAAGUGGACAGUGGACUUCUAGUUUGCCUGGGUCUUCCACUAGUGCCGGAUCUUCUGUUUACCCUGUACCUUCCUUCAAUAAACAAGUUGGUAUUUUUCAGAAUGGCUUUCAUCCAGGUGUAUCCGCUUACCAAUCUACAAAGCCUGCCUAUCUUUGUCUUCCAGAAAGAUCUCAAUACAUUUCAUACCCCCUGCCAUUUACUUCAACUUUCCAUCCUCAGGGAAGUGUACCCAUGUAUCAUUCAACACUUACUCCUGAAAUGGCAAAAGUAUUUGAUAAGAUUGCAAGUACUUCAGAAUUUCAAAAAAAUGGGAAAUCAAAGACAGACUUAGAAAUGACUGGUGCUAAACCUACUAUUAGUUUGCCAAUCUCUGAAAGCUCCAAUGAUAUUAGUAAAUUUGAUUGGUUGGAUUUAGAUCCUUUGAGUAAACCAAAGGUGGACAAUAUAGAUAUAUUUUAUACUUCAGAAGAUGGAGGAAAGAUAACUAAUGCUAAAGUUGUAGAAGAUCCUUGGGAUGCUGUGCUACUAGAAGAGAAGUCUCCAGGAAAGGGCCAUCUUGAAAGAAAACUUAGUGGAAAAUCUGCUUCUGGGGCAACAGUUACAAGAAGUCAGUCUUUAAACAUUCGAACUGCUCAGCUUGCUAAAUUACAGGGCCAAACUGCACAGUGUGACCUCGUUUAUACUUUCUUCCAUCCCUUACCUCGUGAUGAAAAAGCUGAAGGAAUUGAUGGAAUAACUAGGUGUACAGAUACAGGCCCUUCAAGUCCUACCUCAGGCAAAGUAGGAGGAGAAGUUAAGUUGUCCAUCUCCUAUAGAAAUAAGACUCUGUUUAUCAUGGUGAUGCACAUUAAAGAUUUGGUUGACUUCCCUUCUUUACCAUUUGACAUUAUAUACAAAAUUCCUCAGGCUGCAAACAAUUCAACAUGUAAUUCUAUAGACACAUUGGAAAAAGAUUCAAGGGAGCGUCUCCUUUCCAUUAUUUCCAAAGAGGGUACAUAUGGAUUAUCUAGGAAAGAUAAGGCAUUUUUAUGGGACAAGCGACAUUAUUGUUACACACAUGCAGGCAGCCUGCCGAAGAUACUGGCUAGCGCUCCAAACUGGGAUUUGACCAACCUUCCUGAAAUAUAUUUGCUACUUCAACAGUGGCCUCCUUUACCUCCACUUACCGCAUUAGAAUUGCUGAACGCAAAUUUUGCCGAUCAAGAAGUAAGAACAAAAGCUGUACAGUGGAUUGAGGCAAUAAAUGAUGAUGAACUUGCUGACAUUCUUCCCCAGUUUGUUCAGGCAUUAAAAUAUGAAACGUAUUUGGACAACUCUUUAGUCAGAUUCCUCUUGGCCCGAGCACUAGGAAAUAUUCGAAUAGCACAUUAUCUAUAUUGAUGGUUCUGCAAAGUGGAAUGGAACGUGUCCAGUCUUUUUUCUUGAAAAACAAAUGCCGCUUGCCUCUCAGCCCCAGUCUUGUAGCUAAAGAAUUGAAUGUGAAGGCAUGUUCCUAUUUCAGUUCUAAUGCAGUUCCUCUUAAAAUUGCUUUGGUGAAUGCAGAUCCUUUGGGAGAAGAAAUUAAUGUCAUGUUUAAGGUUGGAGAAGAUCUGCGCCAGGAUAUGUUGGCGUUGCAAAUGAUAAAAAUCAUGGAUAAGAUCUGGUUACAGGAAGGACUGGAUUUAAGGAUGGUUAUGUUCAAGUGCCUGGCCACUGGCAAAGAUAGAGGAAUGGUAGAACUUGUUCCAGCUUCAGAUACUCUUAGGAAAAUUCAAGUGGAGUAUGGAGUGACAGGAUCCUUUAAAGAUAAGCCUCUUGCAGAAUGGCUAAGAAAAUACAACUCUACAGAAGAAGAAUAUGAAAAGGCUUCUGAAAAUUUCAUCUAUUCCUGUGCUGGAUGUUGUGUGGCUACUUAUGUUCUAGGUAUCUGUGAUCGCCACAAUGAUAACAUAAUGCUUCGAAGUACAGGACAUAUGUUUCAUAUUGAUUUUGGAAAAUUCUUAGGCCAUGCUCAGAUGUUUGGAAGCUUUAAGAGGGAUCGGGCUCCUUUUGUGCUGACAUCAGAUAUGGCUUACGUUAUCAAUGGUGGAGAAAAGCCCACAAUUCGUUUCCAGCUGUUCGUUGAUCUCUGCUGUCAAGCUUAUAAUCUAAUCAGAAAACAAGCCAACCUUUUCCUUAAUCUGCUGUCACUGAUGAUGUCUUCUGGCUUGCCAGAACUUUCUGGAAUUCAAGAUCUCAAAUAUGUCCAAGAUGCUCUUCAGCCGCAAACUACUGAUGCUGAGGCUACCAUUUUCUUCACAAGCGGUGUCCUGGUCUGCACUACAACAGACACUGAAGACCCACUAUGCGCCCAAGCGUCCAAGUACGUUCGGCGGCAUGAAUUUAACAUCCGAAACCAGAUGGAGGGCGAAUCAAUCAAUGAGUAUGUGGUGGCACUCCGGAAAGCCGCAGUGUACUGCGAGUUCCGAGACCUGGAUGAGCUGAUUCUGGACUGCAUAAUUUGCGGCAUGCGAGACAUUACCCUUCAGAGGAGGCUACCCGCUAAAUCUAACCUCUCUCUGCAGAUCGCACUAGACAAGGCUAGGGCAUCUGAAUCAGCCGCCAAAUCAACAGAGACUCUACAGCGCCAGAGCGCACCUCAAGAUGCACAGAAAAGUACCCGUGUACAUCGCGAGACUACCAAGCCCGAGGACUCUGAAAGCAAGGACGAUGACAGCUACUGCAUGCGCAGUAGCCGCACCAAGCUGGCGCAAAAAUUCAAUUCGCAAGUUCCGCCCUGUGCCAGCUGUGGAAGAGACCAUGCCUGA